GAACAAGUGGCGUGACUAUGUCUGGUCGUGGGAAGCAAGGAGGCAAGGCUCGCGCCAAGGCCAAGUCGCGCUCCUCCCGGGCCGGGCUCCAGUUCCCCGUGGGCCGCGUGCACCGCCUCCUGCGCAAAGGCAACUACGCCGAGCGAGUGGGCGCCGGCGCGCCCGUCUACCUGGCCGCCGUGCUGGAGUACCUGACGGCCGAGAUCCUGGAGCUGGCCGGCAACGCCGCCCGGGACAACAAGAAGACCAGGAUCAUCCCGCGCCACUUGCAGCUGGCCAUCCGCAACGACGAGGAGCUCAACAAGCUCUUGGGCAAGGUGACGAUCGCGCAAGGCGGCGUGCUGCCCAACAUCCAGGCCGUCCUCUUGCCCAAGAAGACGGAAAGCCACAAAGUCAAAGGCAAGUGAGGCUUCUGUUUCUGUGCUGGGCGGCUUUCGUCGAAGUGAACCAAAGGCUCUUUUCAGAGCCACCCACAGCUUCCAGGAAAGAGCUGACUUUCUCUUGAUUGCUGCUGCGAAGAAUCCUAAACUAAUUUAGCACUAGAAUGGCAGGUCAGUAACGGCUCAGUGAAGCGGAAUAAAUGGUAACUUCUGGGAUCCUGCACGGAUCUUGAUCAGGAUCAGGUUUGUUUUUUUAAAUAAAUGAGCUGGAAUUAAGAGGGAGUAGGGUAGUGGCCAAGUUUGCUAAUGACACCAAGUUGCUGAGUGUGGUUAAAACCAAUUGGGAUUGUGAGGAGCACCAAAAGGACCUCCAACCUGGGACAAUGGGCAUCAAAACUGCAAAUACAUUGAUUUUUCUUUUGUUAAACUUUCAUGGCGCUUAGACAGGAAGAUAGAUCUGGGGGACUGAUUGUAUGGGUUGGAUCUGUAUUGAAUUCUCUUGCCAACCUUGUCUAUUUUAGCUUGCUUAUUUUAGUGGUUUUAUUCAUUAUAGUUUUGUUUUAUAUUCUUUUGCCUAUUUGUUAAUCUAAAGAAAAUAAAAAUUAAAACCCUGCAAAUGUAGUUCAAUGACCACAGUGAUGCACACUGAGGCAAAAUAAUCCAGUUCACACACAUACCGAGCAGAUGAGGAAGAGAAUUUGGUUGUUGAGGUCAGCUUUAUGAAAAUGUAAGGCCAACUUGCAGCUGUUGUGAGAAAAGGAAAUCCAUGUUAUGCAUUAUUAUGAAAGAAAUAGAAAAUAAAGCUGUUAAGAUUCUGCCCUGUGAACAGGGUAUAAUCUCCCAGCCGCCACAGGUUUUCUCAAAGUUGCUUGUAAUCAUGAACAAAGAAAACAAUUCCAGCAGGAGGAGCCAUCUGGAUGUCUUCACCUUUUCCCACCAAUGGGGCAUGGCAUGGGCCUCCUAGCAAUUUGGCAGGGGGAGGAGAACACCUCUCGAGAUAGCUCUCAAGUCCUUCCAAGUGGGAGGAAAUAGAUCAGAUUACUGUUUACUGUCAGUGUAUACGGUACUCUCCUGACAACUCCUCCAUUGUUUGAAGGAGCUGGUUUGAUGCCUAUGGUCUUUGUUAAGAACAUACAAAUUAUGAUGAAAUCAGCACAAGAAUCAUCCACCUAAGCUUUGAGUUGUAUAUUGGAAUAAGCACCCAAGGCAGGAAGCUCAACACACCCUUGUAACUAAGCAGCAGUAGAAAACGGAGGGUCUUUGGCAAAGACCUUUGCAGGAUGAUAAAAAUUCAUCUUGCGCCAGGGAAAGGAGGAGUUGCUGACUCAGAACCGAGAAACAAAUGCAAUACAAUUUUUAUUAUUGCUUUGCUGUUGGAGGCAUCUCUUGCAAAGCAGCCAGUCAUUUUCUAAAAAAAUACAGUUGUGGAUUGGAAGAGAAGGUGAAGGAGGACCCACAGGCCUGAAGUACUUGUCAGAGUUUAGACUUCGCUUUUGUCAGUGUUAUUUGCCACACAAUUAAAAAUACAAAGUCCCAUGUGCUGAAGUAGUCCAAUGGGAAUGAGUGGAAAGAAAAACAGACACAAUAUAACUCAUCAAGAAUGACAAAAGGUUUUUGUCUAUUCUAAACAUGGUUGUAUGGUUGGAUAUUUAGGGUCUGCAGA